CUUCGCCACGGAGUCCGAUCAUGGUCCACAGCUGAUUUCUUCUCGCCCCCAAACGCCUCGACGACAGCCUCCCGCUUUCAAUCUAUCUAAAAAAAAAGAGGAGGAGGGGGAAACAAAACGCUUAAUAUAUGGAGCCUAAGACUAUUUUGAAAAGUGUGAAUCGCUAUUACAAUGGUAUUGAUGCUAACAGCCGAUCAACAGAUGCUUUCAGUGAUGCAUUGGUCAACUGUAAUUCAUUUUUCAGUCCCUAUAAAGCACAGAUAGCGACAUACGAAGAAAGUUUAGAUUCACAUCAAUCUUACACUGGAUCAGUGUCAACCACUCCUGAUUCCUCUUUGUUCUAUGUUCCUUGGUCAACAUCUGGAGAUGAUUACAAGCAGUUUGUUGGACCUCAGAACAACUCUAACCGGUCUCAGAACGAAAUGAAUGAUUUUGGGAGUGCCGCAGAUCUAUACGGGCUUGUUUCCAAUAUUUUAGAAGAGCCUGAUCAAUCACAAUCCUUAUUUGUUGAAGGAAAUACCUCCUCUAACUUGUUAAGAUCAAUAUGGUCUUCAACAACUAGCAGAUUUACAGAACACCUGGACCACUCAUCAGAAUCUAAGAAGCCUGUAGAUGCAUCGUAUUCACAACAGGUUUUCAAUGCAAAAGAACCCAUAGCAACCACUGACACACAGUACCAGCAAGAUAGUCAUUUGGUGUCACAGCAAAAAAUAAAUAUGGAUGAUUUUUUAGGUUUUGACGACUUGGAUCUUACAGAACAAUGGAUUUUUCCUUCAAAGAAAGAGUCUACUGACUGCAGCCCCUUUCAAUCUACUGAUAACACAAAGAUUAAUUUUCAGGAGUUCCCUUAUGUCAAGAAUAGUUCCAAGCUGCAGGUAGGGUUAGCGGUAUCAACUAGAGAAUCAGGAACAGAUAUGCACAUGUAUGGAAGAGACGGGGGAGAUUUUAAAGAAAUUGGUGCUCCAUCCAGUCAGCCGUCUACAGAACUGUUUCCUUUCCUGCAUAAUUCCAGAAACUGUUACAAUAAUAAUAAUAGUAGUAACAGAUACAUGGAGCAAUUGCAUGGUAAUAAAUUCAGACAGAACAAAUUUGUGAACUUCAAUAUACCAGAUGGAAAGAGCUCUUCUGAUUGUACACCAGAAAUACCAGUAAUAGAAAUGGAUACAUGUGCCAGGGUGUCUAAAGGAAAACAAGCACAAAAGGGGUUUGAUGAAUUAAGUAUUGACCAACAUACCUUAAAAUAUUGUGUCAAAUCUUCAGCGAGCGUGAGUGAGAAACAACUUUCAAAGGAAAUGGGUUUAGUUGGUGACUUGGGACAAAAGUGUGUAUCUGAAUGUGGAAGAAAUGCACACACAUUUUGCCCAAUUAGGAGUGAUUUUGAAAAGGCCUUUGAGAAGCAACAACAUUCUAAUUACGAUCAUUUUUCACAGCAGUCUGAAUAUGUACAGCCAUUAAAUGCACUGCCUGUCUCUGUAUAUUCUGGGGACUCUUACCAAAACAGACAACCUUGGACAAAAAUAGCCACUUCUAAUUCUGAAACUACCACAACUGCUUCAUUUGGGAAACAAGAUAACUCAGCAGAUCUCAGUAAUCAAGCAUCUCCUGCUUCAAAAACAUCUCAUUCUUUCUGUCCAUCCUCUCAACAAUCUUCAGUGCAUUUUCCUCAAAAUAGCAAUAGUUAUUUCCAAAGAGGUACAGGAUUGUAUAGUCAAGACAGCCUUUCUAAGGUUUCUGGUAGUGAGUUCACAUAUAAUAUGGAACGGGUUCAACCAGGUACUCAUUUGGAAGGGCAAAAUAAAGCCAGUGGGGAUAUGUAUUUUGAAUCAGCUGUUGAAAAGAACUGCCAGAAUGGAAAGCAAGUGAAUGGAUUCCAUGGGAGUUCAUCAUCUCAGCAAUAUGUUGCAGGCAAAUAUCCCAGUUACCAGUGUAAACAGCAAAACAGUCAUUAUGAUUUGAAUGAAGAUGUAAAAAAAAAGGACGAUGAGUUCUCACAAAGCAUGUACAGAGAUUUAUUAGGUGCUCAAUCUUAUUAUAAUAAUCACAAUUCCCAACAAGGAGGAGGAGACAAUAACACAAUGACAAAUUAUAUUACUCGCUCUCCAGUCUCUUCUUUUUCAAACCCCUACAUGAUGGGUGACUUUAGAAGGAACCACAAUAUUUCACAACUUGGUCCACGAGGUGUAGCGUCAGGAACUAACCUUCAAUUUGGUCAUCCUGUUUCAUUAAUGGAUCCCAGUGAGUUGUUUCCAUAUGAAGAUUUCAGUCACUUGUAUCCCCUUUUCAAUGAUAUGUUUUAUGGAGAUCCACCCCUUUAUGGAUUUAUACCACCUUUUGGAUUUCCAAGACCUAUGAAAAAUCGCAGUGGUCCUGCUAAUGAACUUCAUAUUCGAUUGGAAGAAUGUUAUGAACAAUGGAGGGCUUUGGAGAAAGAAAGAAAAAAGACUGAAGCAGCACUUGCCCGGAACUACCCAGGAAAGCGAGUGACCAGUUCAAAUAAUACACCUAUUCCCAGGCUACCAUCAAACCCUUCCCGGGUUGAUCGUUUGAUUGUUGAUCAACUCCGUGAACAAGCAAGAGUUGUGACAUUGCUUGGGAAAAUGGAACGUCUUCGAAGUUCUCCUCUUCAUGCCAAUAUUUCUACAGCUCUUGAUAGACAUCUGGAGGCUAUCCACAUUACACAAGCUCGUAGAAAAGACGAAAUAGUUAAUGCAGCAAAUCGACAAAGACAAGGAGCACCGAGAUACCAGGAUGAUAGGGAUGUUCUUGCUUUGGCUAUCGCAGUCAAAGAAAUGGCAAUAGCGACUCGGAAAGCUCGGACUGCUUUGUGGUGUGCCCUACAGAUGACAUUACCCAAAACACCCAAUACCAAUCCAGAAGACCAAGCUGAUGUGGAAAGAGAACUGCAGGAUCUCGUAACGAAUGGAGAGAAAAACUAUCAACAGAAGCAGCUACUAUAGUGGGAAAAAGAAUGAAGUGGUAAAAACUCAUGGUGAUUAAAGAACUGAAGAGAAAUUACAAAUUUAAAAAUAAUUAUAUUCGUUAUUACCUUUCUGAGUUACUAAAAUAGGCAUUGUUUGAGUUGCAGUUAUCACUAAUUCAAAUUAGCUUAAAGUAUUAAGGGGGAAAAUCUCUAAUGUCUACCUUGAAAAGUAAUUACAAACAAUGCAGCUUGUGAUCAGACAUGUAUUUGAUUAAUGAAUAUGUAACUACUUUGCAAC